CUGACCAUCACAAACACCAGAACCACAGACUCUGGACUUUAUUAUCUGCUGAUAAUCAGCAGCAGAUUCAGCAUCAUAAGGAGCUUUAUUGUUGAUGUCACUGGUUAUGUUGAUGCAGUGAGUGUGUCAGUGAUGCGAGGAGAUUCAGUCUCUCUACACACUGAUGUUGAAAAAAACCAACAAGAGGAGAUUAGAUGGUAUUUUAAUGACAUUCACAUUGCUGAAAUCAGUGGAGAUCCCAAUAAGACCUGCACAGAUGUUCAGUGUGAAGAUGCUGGUGACAGAUUCAGAGACAGACUGAAGCUGGAUCAUGAGACUGGAUCUCUGAUCAUCACAAACACCAGAACCACAGACUCUGGACUCUAUAAACUACAGAUCAACAGCAGCAGCGACAGUCUUCUUCAGCUCUUCAGUGUUUCUGUCUAUUAUGUUCCUGAACGAGAGAAAAUGAAGAGAAAGUCAGUGAAGGAGGGAGAAUCUGUCACUUUAGAUCCUGGUGUAGUAAAAACCACAAAUUAUUUGAUGAAAUGGCUUUUUAAUGACGUUCACAUCGCUGAAAUCAAAGAAGAUCUCAGUUUUAUCUGUACAGAUGUUCAGUGUUUAUAUGCUGACGAGAGAUUCAGAGACAGACUGAAGCUGGAUCAUCAGACUGGAUCUCUGACCAUCACAAACACCAGUUAUGUUGAUGCAGUGAGUGUGUCAGUGAUGCGAGGAGAUUCAGUCUCUCUACACACUGAUGUUGAAAAAAACCAACAAGAGGAGAUUAGAUGGUAUUUUAAUGACAUUCACAUUGCUGAAAUCAGUGGAGAUCCCAAUAAGACCUGCACAGAUGUUCAGUGUGAAGAUGCUGGUGACAGAUUCAGAGACAGACUGAAGCUGGAUCAUGAGACUGGAUCUCUGAUCAUCACAAACACCAGAACCACAGACUCUGGACUCUAUAAACUACAGAUCAACAGCAGCAGCGACAGUCUUCUUCAGCUCUUCAGUGUUUCUGUCUAUUAUGUUCCUGAACGAGAGAAAAUGAAGAGAAAGUCAGUGAAGGAGGGAGAAUCUGUCACUUUAGAUCCUGGUGUAGUAAAAACCACAAAUUAUUUGAUGAAAUGGCUUUUUAAUGACAUUCGAUGUUCCUGA